UUUGGCCUUUUGGAAUUGUAGUUUUCUCCAUAAGUGAGAGAACGUUUGAAAAACGCAACGUGUAUGAUCUAAAACUUCAUUUCCCGAUGACGAAGUGAAAAGGGCGGACCGUCGCGUUUCAAGAGGCACAAAUGAAAAGACUCGUUACGUUGUUGUAGUGCAUAGGAAAUAUUUCAUACACGGACUGUAUGAUGACCGAAGGAACGUGUUUGCGGAGACGAGGGGGGCCCUAUAAGACAGAGCCUGCUACAGACCUGCGACGCUGGAGGCUGCAGAAUGUGGAGGGCAGGCAGACCUGGCACUACCUGGAGGAUCAGAACUCUGACAGGGAGCAGUCCAUGCUGGAGGCCCAUUCUCUGGGCAUGGACACGAGUCAGUUUGUGCCGGACAGCCCCCCUGCACACACUGCUCCUGAGGCAGCGCUGAAGGGCAUGGAGUUCUACCACCUCCUACAGGCUGAGGAUGGGCACUGGGCUGGAGAUUAUGGAGGCCCUCUCUUCCUGCUGCCCGGUCUCAUGAUCACCUGUCAUGUUGCCAGCAUACCUCUACCUGAGGCCAGGAAGAAGGAGAUGAUUCGCUACCUGCGCUCAGUGCAGCUUCCAGACGGGGGCUGGGGUCUGCACAUUGAGGACAAGUCUACAGUUUUCGGUACAGCUCUGAACUACACAACGCUAAGGAUUCUGGGAGUCGGGCCUGAUGAUCCAGAUAUGGUGCGAGCCAGAAACAACCUGCACGAAAAAGGGGGCGCUGUUGGCAUCCCUUCCUGGGGUAAAUUCUGGUUGGCCGUGCUUAAUGUGUACAGUUGGGAAGGACUGAACACUCUCCUUCCAGAGAUGUGGUUGUUCCCCACCUGGAUGCCGGCGCACCCCUCUACCCUGUGGUGUCACUGCCGCCAGGUGUACCUGCCCAUGAGUUACUGCUACGCCGUGAGACUCCGUGCUCAGGAGGACCCCAUCGUGCUCAGCCUCAGACAGGAACUCUACAUCCAGGACUACGCCACCAUCGACUGGCCUGCUCAGAGGAACAACGUGGCUGCCUGCGACCUGUACACCCCCCACAGCACGCUGCUGUCCAUCGCUUACGUGAUAUUGAACAUGUACGAGGCUCACCACAGCGCCGCCCUGCGAGAGAGAGCCGUGAAGGAACUGUACGACCACAUCAAGGCCGACGAUCGUUUUACCAAGUGCAUCAGCAUCGGGCCUAUCUCCAAAACCAUUAACAUGCUGGUGCGCUGGCACAAGGAUGGACCAACAUCCCCAGCCUUCCAGGAGCACGUGUCCAGGAUCCCAGACUACCUGUGGCUAGGUCUUGACGGGAUGAAGAUGUCGGGCACCAAUGGGUCCCAGCUCUGGGACACAGCGUUUGCUGUGCAAGCCUUCCUGGAGGCAGGUGCUCAUGACAGUGCCAGGUUUAUAGAGUGCCUUAAAAACGCCCACCAGUUCUUCACCCUCACACAGGUACCAGAUAAUCCACCGGAAUACCAGAAAUACUACAGGCAAAUGAACAAGGGUGCGUUUCCCUUCAGCACGCGGGACUGUGGCUGGAUUGUAGCAGACUGCACGGCGGAGGGGCUGAAGUCUGUGAUGCUGCUGCAGGAGCAGUGUCCCUUCAUCACACAGCACAUUCCCCCAGAGCGUCUGUACGACGCCAUCAACGUGCUACUCAGCAUGAGAAACCCGGACGGUGGAUUCGCCACGUACGAAACCAAGCGAGGGGGGCGUCUGCUGGAGCUGCUUAACCCAUCUGAGGUGUUCGGUGACAUCAUGAUCGAUUACACGUAUGUGGAGUGCACUUCAGCCGUGAUGCAGGCGCUCAAACACUUCCACCAGGGUUUCCCAGAUCACCGGCCGGAGGAGAUCAGGUCCACUCUGAGGGACGGGCUUGAGUAUUGCAGGAAGGUGCAGCGUCCUGAUGGAUCAUGGGAAGGGUCCUGGGGAGUGUGCUUCACCUAUGGGAUAUGGUUUGGACUCGAGGCAUUUGCAUGUAUGGGCCACACCUUCCAGAACGGGACAGCAUGUCAGGAGGUGCAGCGUGCAUGUGCGUUCCUCCUGUCCAAGCAGAUGGAGGACGGGGGCUGGGGGGAGGAUUUUGAGUCCUGUGAGCAGCGGCGCUAUGUGCAGAGCGAGACGCCUCAGAUCCACAACACCUGCUGGGCCCUGCUGGGGCUGAUGGCCGUCAGGUACCCGGAUACCACAGUGAUAGAGAAGGGGAUCCGGGUUCUGAUUGACAGGCAGUUGCCCAAUGGAGACUGGCCCCAGGAGAACAUCUCAGGCGUGUUCAACAAGAGCUGCGCCAUCAGCUACACCUGUUACCGGAACGUCUUCCCCAUCUGGACUCUGGGGCGCUUCACCCACCUGUACCCCUCCAAUCCCCUUGCUGAGAAGGUGGAGCUCUGAGAGGUCAGGGGGUCACUGAAACAGACCUCUGUCAUUGGACAUGUAGAGUUGGGGACAUGUGCAUUUCUGUGUGCCCUUGCCUUGACCCACCCUGAAUGUGUGCGACAGGUUGCGUGUGCUACAGGUGUGUCGGUGCACACCUAACAGUACACCUGAACUCGGCGGGGGCUGACAUAUGAAGCACCUUUUUCAAAGCUUAAUGUCUGCAUGGGCGCCGAGCCAAGUUCUUAUAUCUUUCGUGCUCGAGAGAAUAAACAAUCAGCCCACUGACUGUUAAAAUAAACUGAAAUAAAACACGAGCAGUAGGUUCACUCUUCUUGCAGGUUUAGUGGUGGUGGGCAGGAGGUUAAGCAGCACUGUCUUAGCAGGUGAUGACUCGGCAGACAUGCAUGUUGGGCUGCAGCAGAAAUGCAUGCUGGGAUGCAUUAUAACAGCUGACAUGCUGCUCAGACGUGUCUUUGCCUAUUUCUUCUUUUGUAGAAUUUUUAACGACUGACCAGACACAGCGCAAGUGAUCUAACAUUUUGCUGUAUGUAAAAUAUCCUGGAAUCACUGAUUUGUCAUUCCUACAUUUUAAUUAUGCAAAAUAAAUUGUUUUGUAUGCAUUAUCCUAACCUUUAUUGUUUGUCUAUCACUUACUGUAUGCCCCUUUCAAACGUUAACCCGUUUUGAAUGGAAUCAUUUGUCACAAUGCAUUGUAGAAAUUGAAAGUAUGAUCUGGCUGAUUAAAAGUUCCCUAAAAACA